AUGGCGGCUAAACUUGAAGUUCAUGAAGUUUGUCCUCAUUUGAUUCCUCAAGACUCAAACGGAAGACGUUAUGAUGGAUAUAUAACUGCUAGAAGAAAGAGUUUUCGUUUUUGCAUUACUAUUCCUGAAGACAACUCUCUUAAAGAUGCAAGAAUUGAGUGUAGCUGGAAGCUCAGGCUUUUACUCAAAGACUAUGAAAGUGUCAUAAAACAGAGACUUGCUCAAAGUGCAGACUUGGCAUCCUUUUUAGUGGAACUAAAAGAUAUUAUGGAAAGACUUCUACAGUCACAAAAUGAAGAACAGGCCAUAAGUCAACCAAAGUAUUACACCCAGCUGAUCGAAGAAAUAGAAGCUAUCUCUUGGAACAAGUUGGUCUUUGUCGACCCUUCAUUUAAAGUAUUAAAACUGUUGGCAAGAGACAGCAGACAAAGAGAACAUGUCAUAACCAUUCAUCUCUCACAACAGCACCCUCUAACUCCACCUUCUGUUACAACUGAUCUUCCUGGGAAAUUCCCUUUCAACUGGUCUACAACACAGCCCUCACCUUUGAAAGGAUUGUAUCAUCAGUUUGAGGAGGCAUUAAAGACUUAUGAAGAAUUCUGGGACAUAAUGGAUGAAAUAGAUAAAAACACUUGGGUCUUGGAACCAGACCAACCCUCUAGAUCAUGUACCACAAGAAGGAUAGCAUUAGGCAAUAACUCAUCUAUACAUCUAGAGGUGAAUCCAGUACAUCCUCGACUUCUUCCUGAGUGCAGGUUUCUCGGCGCUGAUCAUGUUAUUAUUCCAAUGAGAGAGAACUUAAAUGUCAACCUUAAUUUAUGGUAA